AUGGGGUCUAUCGAUGUUCCGAGCCCCUAUACGAAAAUAGGGCAAUAUCUGUCUUUUCGAAAUCGUGACCACUUCAACUGGUGGCAACAGAAAGGGCCAAUUCUUUCUCACAUGCUUGAGGCCUGCCACUAUGGGGUCCAUGAACAAUAUCAAUAUCUGACACUCUUCUAUGCUCAUCUAAUUCCGGCAUUAGGAGCCUUUACUGAGCCAUCGGUCGGUCAGAAAGGGAACACCCUUCUAUCUGGAGCAGGAAGACUCGAAUUGAGCCGCACUUUUACGGCUGAUGAAUCCUCCUUGCGCAUUGCAUUCGAGCCUACCAGCUUUCUGGCGUCUGACAAAGGGACAGAUCCACUGAAUCGCGUCCCGCUUACUCGUCUCUUGAGCGUCCUGGGCCAGCUCAGUGGCAUUUCUCUGGGUACUGAUAGGUACCACGCCCUUGCAGAUCAGCUCACUACUUCUGACGAUGACGAAGAAAAGUUGCUAAAUGAACCAAAGCUCACGGAGCAGCUGCAAGGCCUGCCCUCUCGCACUCAAAAUAUUCUGGCCCUUGACUUGGUGAAUGGACAUGUCAAGCCUGAAUUAUACUUCCAUCCACAAAUGAAGGCAUUAGCGUCCGGUGCGCUGGUGGAAGAUCUCUUGUUCAAUGCACUACGUUCCGCCGAUUCCGUCGGGCAUCUUCAAAAAGCCAUUGAACUAGCCAAGCAAUUUGUGCAAGCAGCUCCGAAAACGACGCGCCCGCAGUUCAUCUCCUACCAGAUGGAGAGAUCCCGCUGCAGCGCAGCAAAGCUCUUUCUCACGGAAAGCGUGAUAAAUUGGGAUCAGAUUUCUGGUCUCUGGACAUAUGCCCAGCCAGACAACUUCCAACUACAACAGAAUCGGGCCUUGCGUGUCCUUUGGGAGAGUCUUAAUGUGGUUGAGGGUGAUCGUGGCCCUGACGAAUUCCCUAUCAUGAUGGUCCUGGGUUUGUUCGCUGAGAAUCCAUUCGUGAGACCCCAGAUAGCCUUCCCCGUGGUUGGCAUGACCGAAGAGGCUAUUGCAGGGAGCAUUGGGCGUUUCUUUGACAAUAUGGGAUGGGAGAAUCACUCCCAAUCCUACCUUGAUGGUCUGCACUCAUACUUGUAA